AUGCCACCCAUAACAAUCCGCCCAGCAACGCCCGACGACAUCCCCCAAAUGCUCGCUGUCUUCUUCUCCGCAUUCUCUUCCUCGCCUCUAAACAAGCGUUGUUUUCCCCCAUCAUCUCCUGAUGUCCAAGCCUUUCAAACCUCAUUUCUCCAAACCAACAUCGACGACAAGGAUGACAAUUUCAUGCUCGUCGCAGAGGACGAUUCUGAAAUCCUCGGCUGGGCGCGCUGGGUUCGCAGAGAGAACCCACCGCUGUCGGGGAAGCAGAUCGACCCUUGUACGUUUCCUGCUUCAGGAGACCAAGCGACCGCGGCGAAUUUCUUUCAGAGGAAUGCUGAUGAGACUUUCAAAUAUGUCGCUGGUGAGAGGCAUUGGUUCCUGAGCACGAUCGCCACUGCGAAAGAAGCACAGCGACGGGGCGUAGGAUCUGCGUUAAUGAGAUUUGGUGUCGAGAGAGCCGACCAAGAAGGGUGGAUGUCUUAUUUGAAUAGCUCUGGCGAAGGAAGGGGCCUGUAUGAGAAGUUUGGGUUCAAGGUCGUUGGAACAAGUGAGUUCCCUGAUCUAGGCAUGAUGCAGUAUCAUAUGAAGAGAGAAGCAGUUUAG